GUUCCAGAGAAAUCAUCAACUUUCCCAAUAAAUCACAAGCCACCGACAACAUGUUCCGGUAAAAGCCCUUACUCAAUAACGAAAAGAUUGGCUGGAAAAUUACGUGCUAAACUGAAGAAUCAGACCUCAAAGAAAGUGUGAAACAUCCAAACACUAGGUAUGCUAGCUCCGGUAAGGCCUCAAGGAGAGGAAGUUUUUAGGUUUCUGGGUUAUUAAGCUUAAAGUUUGCACAAGGGGAUGUUUCUCAUAAAAAUUAGCAUAAUUUUCUGGCUUCCUACAAGUGGCUAAGUUGUUUCUUUUUGGUGUCAUGAAAUGUUGCAAAGAGGUUACUCAUGGAGCUUGUUUGGAAAACAUGGCAGUGGGUUGGAAAUAGUCAAUACCUUGUCUUCCCGGUUGAUGAGCAGUCUUCCAAGUUACCAUAUGAGGCUUCUUAGAGGACUUAAACUCACAGGAGUACAAUGCGUCACUUGAGUCCAACUAGGCUCCCUUCAUGGUGGAGUCUAAUUCAUACCUUGAAACAUAUCAUACUGUCUUGAGAUGACUGGUGAACCUUGCUGCUAUAACCAAACAUGGUAAGAGCUAGGAAGGAGUUGAUGUGUUAGUGUUUGAGAGCUAUAUCUAAUGGAUGCACA